UCCCGGGCCCCACGCAAUGACGCAACGGCUGAGCCCUCCCCUCUCAUUACGGCCCCGGCUCCUGCCCGGCAAUUUCCACAUUUUCUGACCAAAAGCCCUACGGCCCAAGCUGAUAUUUUCUGCCGCGAGAAAGUGAGAGAAAAUACUCAGAAACGAAUUCAAAGUUUUCCCCUGCCCCACACCUCUUUCGCUCGUCAAUCACACAUUUACACCCACCCUCGGCUGACAAAUCCACAAGCUCUAGCCUCGUCUCCCUCCGAAACCCUAGAGUGCCCUCUGCGGGCGACACCUCCGGCUCCAUGACCUGAGUACUCGCUGGGGUGAGCUAGCUCGCCGGAAGAAGCGCAGCAUGGGCGCUUCGCUCUCAAACCUGACUGAGGGCGCCAACGGCUCGGCCAUGGGUCCGGGCCUGGGCGACAUACCGGAGAGCUGCGUGGCCUGCGUCUUCCUCUAUCUAACCCCGCCGGAGAUUUGCAACCUCGCCCGCCUCAACAGAGCCUUUCGCGGCGCCGCCUCGUCUGACGCCGUUUGGGAGUCCAAAUUGCCCCCAAAUUAUCAUGAUCUGCUUGACCUUUUGCCUCCGGAGAGGUACCAAAACCUAACUAAGAAGGAUAUCUUUGCUCUCCUAUCCCGCCCGGUGCCGUUUGAUGACGGCAACAAGGAAAUAUGGCUGGAUAGGGUUACAGGAAGACUUUGUAUGUCCAUAUCGGCCAAGGCUAUGGCUAUAACAGGGAUAGAAGACAGGAGAUACUGGAAUUGGAUUCCCACUGAAGAAUCUAGGUUUAACGUAGUGGCCUAUUUGCAGCAAAUAUGGUGGUUUGAAGUAGACGGGAUGGUAAAGUGCCCUUUUCCUGCUGAUAUCUAUACUCUUUCAUUUAGGCUCCAUCUUGGAAGGUUUUCAAAGAGGCUGGGACGGCGUGUGUGCAACUUUGAGCAUACCCAUGGUUUGGACGUAAAGCCAGUGCGAUUUGAGUUGUCAACUUCAGAUGGUCAGCAAGCAUCAUAUGAGUAUUGUUUGGAUGCAACUGAACAAGAUGAUGCAAAUGGCAACCAUAAGCGAGGGUGCUGGGUAGAGUACAAGGUAGGUGAUUUCGUAGUGAGUGAACCUGCAACAGAAGUCAGAUUCUCCAUGAAGCAGAUUGACUGCACACACUCUAAAGGUGGUCUUUGUGUGGAUUCUGUAUUUAUUGUUCCCAGUGAUUUGAAGGGGUGAAAAAGAUCAGGGCUUUCCAAGUAGCAAUAGAUUAAAGUGGCGUGUAUGUGCAAGUGAUUUGGGCAGGGUUCUAAUUGGGUUUAUCAUAUGGUCUAAGCUUCAUUUCAUGUUAAAUAGAGGAUGUCAUGUUAAUUUUUCUUUUCUUCUGUAGGCGCGUCCUCUACCGUCAUGUAAGUUAAGUUAUAUCCCUACGCAUGUGUUCCAGUUUUGUUCCAUUUUGUACCUCUUGCGGAUCAGUUUAAUACAAGUCUGUUGGCUUAAUAUA